AUGCCAAUCAACUGUUCUUCAGCCUACCUUAGUGCACAAAUUUCACUGCCAUACAACGUAACUGUAACUGUAGAGCUGCAGGUUCAUAGCAAGCUUGUUGUCACAACAUCACCAGAGAGGCUGCUGAAGGGCUCGAAACAAAGCAGCAGCAGCUGCUAUACAAGUGUCCACCUCUCUCUAGCCUCCUUCAGCACUGUCUAUGAUGCUUCCCAAGUAUUGUACAAUUGCCACCUGCCGAGUGUUCCAUCUGGACAGGUUAACAGUGAGCUGGUUGUAAUCUGGAGUUGGAGGGUGAUUGAUGCGGCGGCGAGGAGGCGUUGGUGCCUUGAGGGCUGGAUUUGGAGCGGAGCCGCGGCGGGAAAAGCACGCCCUUCAGAAAUGGACAGGAUUUAUUCAGAAUCAAAUGAGGAAAAUGAUCAUACAGAACGCAUCAGAAGGCAAAGGCGUUCCUCGAUUUUAAAAGCUCCGCGGAGUCCUCUCAAGGACCUUGGGAGUGGGAAUGAAUUCACUCAGGAUUAUGACACUGAGAAGCGUCGGAAGAACUCUCGCCGUGUCAGCUUUGCAGAUACCAUAAAAGUUUUCCAGACAGAUCUUCAAAUUAAUGUGGUAGAGCCAGAAAAUACAGAGAGAGCAGCAAAUAUAAGGAAUCAAAUCCUGUUUAACCAAAAUGAAGGGCCUGAAACUGUUCAGUGCGAGAUUACUGGAAUGGACACUUUGCUUCAUGCCCCAAUCCAGACACCGGUGCAGCAGACUGAGUGGCAUGAUACAGACAACAAUCAAAUGAAUAGAAACAACAGAACACUUAUCUUUUUGGAUGAAAACGAAAUGGAUAUGACAGCUAGUCACACUGCAGUGAUCACACGUAACCUUAAAAGCAAUGAAGAAAUUGACAAACCUAGGAAAAUAGACAUCAAAUCAUUUUUAGCUGGGUUAACAUCUAAAAAUGAAGGGCCAGAAAUGAACAAGGAAUUUCGUUUUUUCUGUGAUCCUACAGAGGCAAAUUAUGCAUGUCCGUCUCUUCAACAGAAGCCAGACUUUGACCCAGUAAAGAAAAUAGAUUUCAGUGAAUUCUUGACAAGCCUGAAGUCAAGUGAAAUGUUUGCCAGCCCCACUCUUGAAGGACCUGACAAGGAGAACCUGUUUUUUGUCCCUUCACAACUUCCAGAAAGUAAUGCAUUUCCUCCAGUGGAGUGUGUAUAUUCCCAUGCACAAGAGAACACCAGCAAUGUGACUAGAUUCUUCAGAGGACAAGAUGAUGGAAUGGAUAUUACGAAGUGUCAUGUAUCUAACAUUAAUACCAUGUUCCCCAAUACUUGUGAAGCCUUAUCAAAGCAAUUAGAAUGUGGUGAUGUAACUGUGGCUUGUGGAGAUAUGGAUAUGACUGCCAGCCAAACUGUAAAAAUGUCCCUUUCCAAAAAUGACACAUUCAACAUUGAGAAACACAGUCAGACCAUCAGAAUGGAUUUAUCAUCCAGUUUUGUGUCUGACCAUUCUAGAUUAAAGAGAACAUCUAACAAUCAAAUGAUUGUUCCACAGGACCCCCAAAGGUGUGUUGAAAAGAAAACUGUAAGUGUAGAAGAUGAGGAGGGUAUUACUCAAAACCAUACUAUCUUGAUAGACAGUCACAAAGCAUCACAGACCUCUAAUCAGGGUUGCAGAACAAGGACUGUGGUUCCUGGAUGUGUUCCUUGUGAGCCUGUCUUCCAUGGUGAUAAAACCAUUGUCUUUUCCAGCUGUAAUGAUAUGGAAGUUACUGGGAACUGUACAAUUGUAAACUGUAAUGAAACUUCCAAGUCUUGUUAUGAAGCUUUUCAAAACCCAGGAAAUGUCAUCUCUUCGCUAAUGGAAAAAACAGUUUCAAGAGAUGACGACAUGGACAUUACAAAAUGUCAAAUAACUUCAGAUAAUCAAAUUCUCAGGCAAUGUAAAAAGAAUGCACACACAAUAUCUUCUGUGCCAGAUAAUGGAAGUGAAAAAGGGAUCCAAAAUCACAGAGCUGCUUCUGAGACUCUGGGGCUAGAUUCAAGUGCAAAUCCUGGUUCUUGGACUUCUAAGGGCACAUUUCGACACAGCACAGUGACCUCUCUGCUCGUUUCACGGCCAACUGACAAAACAAUAGUCUUCUCAGGGGAAGAUAUGGACUUGACUAGAAGUUAUAUUGCCAUGGAUGUUGAAAAGGGCAUUGCAAGUCAACUUCCUCCUGUCUCUGCUGGUAUGUCCACUUCUGUGAAAUUCAAACCUCAAAGUUUUGGUAACAAAUCUAGCUCUUCUAAUUUAAAUGAGCAGGAAGAAAUGGAAAUAACUAAAUGUCAUGCUGUAGUCACUGACAAUCAAAACACUGGAAUAACUACAAGCCAACAACAAAUGCAGCCUAAAACUAUUCCAGGAGAGAACUGGAACAAAGAAGUGAAUGAAGCUGUAAGUCUUCUAAACCUUGACAAGGAAAACCCUCUUUCAGGAGUGAGUGAUCGCAUGGAUAUUAAAAGAAGCCAUCCCAAUCCCAAAACCAUUAUUUUUUCAUCACAAGAGCAAGCGAUGGAAGUCCCUGAAAGCCACACCAUUGCCAGCAAUAACUGUGUGCUGAAAUCUUUGCAAAGGCAAAACUGUGAAAUAUCUCAACAAUUGAGGAAAAGUCUAGUCAACCCUUCACUUGCCUAUACUAAUGACAAAACUGUUGUUUUUCCAGAUGAUCAAAGUAUGGAUAUAACCAGAAAUCAUACUGCUGCUCUUGACUUUGCUCCUAUUCUAGUAGCACAAGAAUAUGAGAGUACACAUAUUCAGAACAGUGUAAUAUCUAAACCAAAAGAACUACAAAAUAAGACCCUCUUAUUUUCUGGUGGUUCUGAUAUAGAUAUUACUAGAAGUCAGACUGCGGCAAUAGAAUGUGGGAAUCUCACAAUGAACUCAAAUCAAAAGGAUGACACUCGUGGAAAUAACCAAAUUCCAGCCCUUGCUGCUCCAAGGUUUUCUUUCACUUCCGGUGAUGAAGCCCUUCCCUCUGAUAUUAAAGGAAAUGUGCAUUUUGGGAAGAUAGCGGGAAUACACAUUGACUCAAGAAAUUCAAAAUUGGAACAGCAAAGCCAUACUAUGGUAGCAUUAAACAAGGUACUGUCAAACACUGCAAAUUCUGAGAGACUUUCUUCAACUAGUAAAGCAGCUUCACUUUCUUCAAAACAGGACUUCACUAAAACAGCCAGAACGUCGAUGCCAGAUACCAAAAAUUCACAGAUGGCGUCUCUUUUGGAAAAGUCAGUUUUUUUCUCUGAGGAAAAUAUGGAUUUGACUGGUAGCUGUGUAGUAAAUGUUCCUGAUACAGUUUUAACGGAAAGAAAAGAUAAUACUUUAUUUCCAAAGAAAAAGGACUUGACCUCAUGCCCUACCAUUAUAGCUGCAGAUAGUCUGCAGCAACAAGGAUGUGACCAAUGCCCCUUAAAGCCAUUGUCUCUUUCAAAUGAGAAGACUGUCAUAUUUUCAGUGGAUGAUGAUAUGGAGAUGACUAAAAGUCACACCAUGGCAACCGACAAUAAAAUUUACCUACAAGACAAGAUGUCAAGUAAUGUAAUACCCUUAAUCCCUGCAGAGAAAACUGUUGUAUUUACAUACAAUGAUGACAUGGAAAUAACUAGACCCAACACUGUUGUAAUUGAUAAACCCAUGGAAAAGGCUGCAUCCCAGACUGUGCCUGAAGUAGGUAAAGGGACUGGAAGGAAAAGUCUGAUUGGAUCAACCAGUGAAAAGACUGUUGUGUUUUCACUGGGUGACGAGAAUGACAUGGAGAUGACCAAAAGUCACACCAUGGCAACAGACAAUAAAAUUUACCUACAAGACAAGAUGUCAAGUAAUGUAAUACCCUUAAUCCCUGCAGAGAAAACUGUUGUAUUUACACACAAUGAUGACAUGGAAAUAACUAGACCCAACACUGUUGUAAUUGAUAAACCCAUGGAAAAGGCUGCAUCCCAGACUGUGCCUGAAGUAAGUAAAGGGACUGGAAGGAAAAGUCUGAUUGGAUCAAUCAGUGAAAAGACUGUUGUGUUUUCACUGGGUGGUGAGAAUGACAUGGAGAUCACAAAGAGCCAUACAGCACCAAUAAACCGUGAAAUUGCCCCACAAGGUGAGAGAGCACCUCAAACCCAGUCUGUAGUUCAUGGAGAUAAAAUGGUGUUUGUAUUUAAUCAGGCUGAUAUGGAAAUAACUGAAUCUCACACUAUUGAUAAAACUAUGGAAAGAGUCAUGCAUGUGGAUAGAUUAAAACCAGAUAAGUGGGUUGGACAGGAAGCUUUUUCAAAUAGCAAAACAGUUGUGUUUGCGAUGGGUGAUGACAUGGAGACUACUAAAAUCCAUACAAUGUCCUUAGAUGAUAAAAUUGCCCUACAAGGUGAGCAGACCACCUGCAUUGGUCCUGUUCUUCCUGUUAAUGAAACCAUUGUGUUUACAUGUAACCAGGAUAAGAUGGAUAUCACUGCAUCUCACACUGUUGCUAUUAAUAGUAAUAAUCUUAAAGGAUCUGAGAACCAAGAAGUGUCAAGUAAAAGCCACCACCAGCAGAAUUUAUGUAGAACAUCAGCCCCUAUCUGUGGAGAGAAAAUGCAUUUUAUGCAUGCAGAAGAUUUGGGUAAUGGAUGCCACUCAGAUUUUAGAGACAAACAUGAACUGGAUUUCCCUGCUUUAUCAGUUUUAGUAUUUCCCUAUAAAAAGGAAGAAACAGAUACACUGAAAAUCCACAACGUUGCCAUGGAAAAGUCCAUUGGUCAUGUUACUCUGUCACUUCCUGAAGUCACUUUGGAUAUUGUUCAGGAACCACAGAAUGUUAUUAACCUUCCCAAGAGCAACUCAAGUUCUGUAUACUGCCAGGAUCUGAGAAAACAAGUAAAACCUAAAUCAAAGAGAGUAUCUUUCAAGCUUCCAGAGAACCAGAUGGAAUCCCUGACUUACAAGAUUGAAAGUCAAAGAAAAGUUGCUGAGAAUAACCUCCUAGAUUGUGAUGAAGAAAAUUGUAAUGGUGUGUCCCAGGUUCAAAUUCCAGUCCAGCAGUCUCACUUAUCUAAGGAGAUCACUGAUAGUUUGAACAGGGGUGCAGUUAAUGUGUUGGAUACUGGAAGUAUAGACUUGAAAGAUGAUCCAGGGAAGUUGACUUCAUCUGGACAUGAACGCAGGCCCACAGAGUUAGACAUUGAUGGAUCAGACACUGUUCUACUUUCUUACAAAGAGACUAAGGAAAAUGAGGGAGUAUCUACUGAAUGGGAAAAACUUACAACAGAUUCCCAAAAAGACUCUGAACAGACUAAGCAGUUCUCCCAAGUCAAUGACAUUCCUGCAGAACAAGUAGAUCCCAGCCUUGUGUCUGAAUUAUCAGGUAUUGUUAAUAUUUGUUCAAGGCUAAAAAAUUGUAGAAGGAAGUCUGAAGUUGUCCCAGUCUCUCAAACUGCUGCUGUGUCUAAUCUUGCUGAAACUUUUCCCAAAUUGGCAACACAGCCAGAAGAUCCUUUGAAUUUAGGAAAAGAUGUUGAAAAGGUGUCUAAUAAUGCAUUUUAUAUCAAAGAACAGGAAAAUAUAUAUUUUGAAACUGAAGAUGCUCCUUUAGACACAACACAUACAGAUAAAUGUCAAGUGAGAAAGCUACCCCUAGGUAUCUUCCCGCCUAAAUUGCCAAACAAAAGAAAUUCCACUGUUCCAAGUGUAGAAGACCUCAAUGCCAAAUCAGUGGGCGGAGUAGAAACUCAGGUUCCAGAAAUAAAUUUAGUCACCAGCAAAACCUCUGACAACAUCUAUCCCAUUGGAAGGCAGAACUUGAGCCCUUCUCAGUAUAUAGAUGAGGAAUUGCUUCCUACAUGCCCAGAGGAAAUGGAUUUAGUUGACUUUGUAAGUUAUGAGCCCCUUGAUGGAACCUGUAAUAAGAUGAACAAAAAAGAGAUCUUUCACAAUAAAAGCUAUCCAUUAGAGGAGCAAGAAACUUUCAGCAACCAGAAGAGAGCUUGGGAACAAGAGGAAGAGGAACUCCAGAAAGGAAAGAAGAUCAAGAGGGCUGAGAGCUGGGAUGGCGAUACCGCAAAAGAACAGCGGGCUACCUCCAGCAUCAUUUUGUCUCAUACCCAAGCAGAAACUCGAGAGGGUGAAAAUCCUCCAAGUCUAUCAGCUAAAAGCCUGGAGAGGACCAACUCUAGCAACAGCAGCUGUCUGGAUUCUCUUAAAGCUGACAUAGAUCUUAGUAUGCAGCGAAGCAGUCAGAUGGAGUCUCAGCUUCUCAUGGACAGUAUUUGCGAACAGAAUUUAUUUGAGAAAUUUCAGGAUGGUGUUAUCACAGUAGGGGAGUUUUUUACGCUUCUCCAGGUCCAUAUUCUAAUUCAGAAGCCCCGGCAGAGUCAUCUUCCAGCCAAUUAUGCAGUGAACACAGCUCCUACUCCAGAAGACCUGAUUUUCAGCCAGUACAUUUAUCGCCCCAAGCUGCAGAUUUAUGAAGAAGAUUGCCAGGUUCUUUCUCAGAUGAUAGAAGAUUUUAAGUUGUGUGCAGGUGUCCAGGAUAAACUUUUGGUGGAUGUGAAUAAGAGCCUCUGGGAGGUGAUGAGGACCUUCUCUGACAAAGAGCUGAAGAACUUUGGAACAGAGUUGAAUAAAAUGAAAUCCUGUUUCACCAAGAAGAGUAAAGUCCUGGCUCACAAGGGGAAAGUGAAAUUGUAUGACAAUUUGGUGCAGAACACACAGAUCCAAUGGGAGAAACUACAGUCAAGAAUAGCAAAAGUGGAUGAAUUCCUCAGGGAGAUGGAUAGUUGUCUUUUAGCUCUGGAAACAGUUACUAAGUUGGAAGAAUGUGAAGCAGAUAUCAGUGAUCCAGUGGCAGAGUGGGAGUCCAAAGUGAGAAACUCUGAGAAAGAGCUUGAAAACCUCAAAGCCCAAGAAGAAGAGCUUCAAAGGGAUCUGUCAAAUCUGGAGGUUCAGAAGAAGCAGGGGUUUUCUGAGAUAAACCGUCUGCAGAAUAAAGCAAGUGAUUGUGAGGAGCUCCUCGACAAAUACAACUUCACUGAAUGGGAGAUCAGUGAAUGGAGCGAUCAACAGGCAGUGUUUACCUUCCUUUAUGAUUCUGUAGAACUGACUAUCACAUUUGGACCACCAGUGGAUGGUGCAGUUUUCAAUGACAAUCCCUGCAGAAAGAUUGUUGAUAUGAGCUUUGAAUCUCUGUUGGAUGAAGAAAAAGCUCCGCUCUCAUCAUGUCUAGUCCAAAGGCUCAUCUUCCAGUUUAUUGAAAGUCAGGGAUCCUGGCAGACAAAAUGCACAACAAUGCACCACUUGCCCCAGAUGCUGCAUGAGGUCUCAUUAGUGGUGAAUCGCUGUCGACUCUUAGGAGAAGAGAUUGAGUUUCUGAACAGAUGGGGUGGAAAGUUUAAUCUUCUGAAGAUAGAAGUGGAUAAUACAAAAGUGAAGCUCUUGUUCUCCACUUCCACAGUUUUUGCAAAGUUUGAGGUGACAUUCUCUUUAUCUGCCAACUACCCAUCAGCUCCACUUCCUUUCACUGUCCAAAAACGGAUUGGGAGCCUUGGCCAUGAUGAAAUUUCUGCUGUUCUGUCCAAUGUGCCACUGGGCACCAGCUACCUGAUGAGAAUGGUCAAAAUGAUUCAUCAUAACUUGCUGCAGGGUUCCCAGAUGGUUCACUAAAUCCACUCAGGUCAAUACAGUUCUCAAGCUGGAUGUCUGUCCUCUUCAAACUUACAAGAGUUGCCAGCUUCUUUUAGUGCUAUGAGAAUCUGAUUUAGCAACUGACUGUGAAUUGUCCAAUAUUUAAACCACUGAAAUGAAAUCUCAGUAAGUCUAUUACCAAACACCUCUCCUAUACCAAAGCAUGCUGAGGGAAUGCAGAAAUCUCUGUAAAGCCAAGGAGGAAUUUCAGAUGGCUUCCAUUAACUUGUCCCACUUUUCUCAUAUUUUUUUUCCUCUUCCCCAACCCUUCUAGCCACUGCUGGUUGUGGUUUCCCUUUUGUUACACUGCCACAUAAAAGAAAUUCUAGCUCCUAUAACCACCAGAAUUAGCCUGAUAAUUUAUCUCUGGUUUGUUAUUACCCAGGGCUAUUGUCUAUCUUCGAAGGCUUGCAUGACUGGAAGUUACUAUCACUAACUAGCCCAAAUUUUAAAUUGGUUAUAUCAGCUGACUGGAAUGUGUCUCAGAUCACAGAAACUAUAAUUCUGGUUUCUGCUGCUUGACAAAAUUAUAACUUACGAAAUUCACAAGUGGCAUGCACAGUUAGAAGUUUCUCUUUAAGGUUACAGAUCCCUGUUUCUAACCAUUGAUUUUGCAGUUCAACAGAACCCAAAGUCACAUGGAUCAAGUUGUGAACUUUUCCUUGUGGAAUUUGGUUCUAAUCAUUCUGCAUGUAGAUCCUUUUCUAUUGCUACGGUGUUAAGCUAUUUGAUGCACUUACUUAGGCUAGGCUGCCUAUUUCUCAAAGGGGUAAGAAGGCUAAAUUUGUAAAUCUGCUUUUGCUUAAUGUGUUCAACAGGUGACAUGGUAGGAGAUGUUCAAAAGGGCUGGAUCUAACAGGCACACUUCUAGCACUGACCAUUUAGUUAGUGUCUUGCUUGAGGCAGCUAUCUCCUUAGAAAAAAGCUCUGUGGUGAUUUUCAUUAAAUAGAUGGACUUUUCUCUGCCUAAACAGAGUC